UGAUUAUAAAAACAAUAGUCCUUUCAUCAUCAUAAUAUUGUGUUGUCGUGCUGUAAACUGGAAAACAUGAAGUGGCUGACCCUCCUAUUUGUCGCCAUAGCAGUUUGUUCUGCUAGCGUCAUCAAAGACCCCAAUGAGGGUUACAAAGAGGGGGACAGGUAUUUCUACUUCCCGGGCGAUGGUGACGGAAUAUUGCAUUUAGUUGACACCCAUGAACCCGUCGACGAGGACUUCAUCAGAGAUUAUGUUAGAAAUUCCGAUAAUAACGGAUACUGGCUUUUUACAAGGGCAAACCCUACAACAGCGGACAUAUUACUCCUUGGAGAUGUAAACAGUGUUAUUAGCUCCAACUUAAUGUUCGACAAGAAUAUAGUAUUCCUUGCUCAUGGAUGGAAUGGCAGAGGAGGAAACACCAUGAAUAUACUUCUUACCAGAGCAUUUCUCGAAGAUAAUGAUGUCAACGUCAUAGUUCUUGAUUGGUCACGACUGGCGAAUAGAAACUAUGUGACAGCUAAAAAUGGUGUGCCAGCUGUUGGGAGAGGUUUGGGCCAAUUCAUCAGUUGGCUGGUUAGCUUAGGGGCUUCGUACGAUAAAAUGCAUUUAGUCGGGUUCAGUCUUGGUGGACACCUCGUUGGUAGCGCGGGCAGAGAAACUGGCAGUCUUGUGAGAAGGAUCACAGCUUUGGAUCCCGCUGGCCCUCUAUGGGGUAGAGAUAGAGACCGCAUUGUAGAAACUGACGGCCAGUAUGUCGAAGUAAUGCACACGAACACGGCCAUGUACGGUUUCAGUGAUCCAUGCGGAGAUGCUGACUUCUAUCCAAACGGCGGCUCAAGCAUGCCUGGUUGUAUACUAAAUUCAUGCUCGCACAGCCUCGCUUAUGAUUACAUGGCAUCGAGUAUAAGGCACAAUCAUCUUCUUGCCAACGAAUGUGACUCACUGAGAGACGCUACGAGGAACAGGUGCAAUGGAGAAUUGAAUCCGAUGGGAAAUAGUGAUUUGUUGAAAACACGGUCUGGCAUUUUCAGAGUUAACACAGAAAGACGUUAUCCCUUCUAAAAAUUGAAAAUCUACAAAUACAUAUUUUUUUGUAAUUUUUAAGUAUAUUGAAUGUCAUGUGGUUCCAAUCCAGCCGGAUCCAAGGAUUCUUUUUUAAGUGUUCAAUCUCGAUUUUUCUAUUAAUAAUUACACAAAUU